AUACGUCACCCUGUAUAAAGCCGUCAGUCUCCCUACAUUGUGCACAGUCGCUCACCAGCCAUGUGUCUGCGCGCCCUCCUGUGUGCGCUGUGUGUCGCUGUGUGCGCGCACGCAUACAAACACAACACAGAACGCACAAAUGUUCCUUCUUCAACCGUGGCGCCUUCUGGGCCCCUGACCCGCGGCGUGUCGGGGGCGUUCCGCGGGUCGUGGAUGGAGACGCGCCGCGGGAGACGAUUCCAGGCGUACCGCGGCAUACGCUAUGCUGAACCGCCUGUAGGAGCACUGAGAUUCCAGCCACCGAAACUGAAGCUGAACUACGAGGGCGAGGUGGACGCGAGCAAGGAAGGCCCCGCGUGUCCGCUGCCCGCGCCUCCCGGUUACUACGUGGACGAAGACUGUCUCACUGUCAACGUUUAUACUCCCGCACACAAUGCGUCUCGCCCCCUGCCGGUGAUCUUCUUCAUCCACCCGGGCGGGUUCUACGCGUUCUCCGGGCGCAGCGACCUGGCGGGGCCGCACUACAUGCUCGACAGAGACGUCGUACUCGUCACCAUCAACUACAGGCUUGGCUCUUUAGGUUUCAUGAGCACGGGUGACAUGUAUGCUCCCGGCAACAAUGGUAUGAAGGACCAGGUGGCGGCGCUGAAGUGGGUGCAGAGGAACAUCGCGGCAUUCGGCGGAGACCCCAACCUGGUCACCAUCACGGGCUGCAGUGCGGGGUCUAUCAGUGUCUUGUUGCAUAUGAUGUCUCCCAUGACUAAAGGACUAUUCCACCGCGGCAUAGCAAUGAGUGCGUCUCCGAUAACCAAGGCCAUGACCACCCUGACCCACCAGCGCCACCUCGCCGUGCGUCAGGCGGAGAUCCUCAACUGUCCCACACACAACUCCUCAGCUAUUGUUGACUGUCUCUUCAAGAAGCCCUGGAAGGAACUUGGAGACUCACUCCCCAAGUUCUGGGAGUUCGGUCCGGGUGACCCGGUGGGUCUGUGGGGCCCGGUGGUGGAGCCGGACUUCGGGCAGGAGCGCUACCUCACCAUGAACCCCCUGGAUGCCGUCAAGCAGGGCAAGAUGCACACCGUGCCCCUCAUCAUCAGCCAGACCACCGACGAAUUCUUCUGGAAGGCUUACCAGGUCCUGCUAAACGAAACCCUCUUGAAAUCAAUGAACGAUGACUGGGAGAAAAUCGCACCGAUCUCGUUCAUGUUGCCCCAGGAGAACAGAGCCGCGGCUGUGAAGAAGCUGAAGGAAGUUUAUUUCAAAGGAAACAAGAUUGCUAACGACACGGAGAGUGCCAAAGCGCUGGGGAGGCUGUAUGGAGACUCCAUCGUUGGGUUUGGAGUUCACAGGAUGGCAAACCUGAUGUGUCGUCAUUCAACGCACCCGGUAUGGUACUCAGAGUUUGCGUACGUCGGGAACAACUCGCACUACGAGGAUCCUAAUGGAAAACCACAAGGUGCUGCUCAUCACGACGACCUGCUGUACGUGUUCACGCUGAGCUACAACUUCCCCACCAUCGAGCUGAGCAGCCCGCACUCGCACGUCGUCGACGAGAUGACGGCUAUCUGGUACAACUUCGCGCGCUACGGAGACCCGAACCCUCGCGGCGACACUCCGGAGCUGGGCAACCUGACGUGGCCCGCCAUGACGCCCGACCGGAGGCUGUUCCUCCACCGAGGUGACAAGCUGCUCAUACAGCAGAACAUGUUCGAAGACCGGUUCAAGGUCUGGGAGGAACUCUAUCCCAUACCGUAUUGAGUGAAGAAGAUAAAGUGUCAUCUUGGAGUACAAAAGCCUCAAUUGUGACUGUAAAAGAGAUUACAUUAUUAUUUUUUUAAGUAUUUUUUAUUAAAUAAAUUGUUUGAAAAGUUAA